CCGGGCGGUGUUGGUGUGUGGGGAGGUGGGAGCGCCGUGAGGUGAGGGUGGUGGUGCCAGAGCGGUCUCACCGCGCCCUGUGGAGGCCGCAGGUUCCCGGCCAUGGGGCUGCUGACCGAGCUGGCCCGCGGGCUGGUGCGGGGCGCCGACCGCAUGUCCCCCUUCACCAGCAAGCGCGGCCCGCGCAGCUACAACAAGGGCCGGGGCGCCAGGAGGCCGGGUGUGCUCACCUCCAGCAGAAAGUUCAUCCGCGUCGAGGAGAUGGUGCCCCAGUUCAUCGUCCCCGACCUGGAAGGUUUCAAGCUCAAGCCCUACGUCUCGUACCGCGCCCCCCCGGGCUCUGAGCCACCCAUGACGGCCAAGCAGCUCUUCACUGAGGUGGUGGCUCCCCGCAUUGAGAAGGAUGUGAAGGAAGGUGCUUUUGACCCCAACAACCUGGAGAAGUAUGGCUUCGAGCCGACGCAGGAGGGCAAGCUCUUCCAGCUCUUCCCCAAGAACUAUGUGCGGUAGGGAGCAAGCAGCAGGGCUCCCGGGGUGAAGAGCAUCAUCGUCCUGUGAGACACAACCCACACCAGCAAACAUGGGACAGCUUCUGUCACUGGCUAUUAAAAGCAAAUCCUUCCAUGUA